AUGAAAGGUGACCGAGGAGAGAAGGAAACACUAAGAACACCUGAAAAUGUGCCUUGGAAAACUGAGGAAAUCAAGGAUUUUCUGCCCACAGCUGAGCAGAAGGAUGCUAAAUCUGUGAAGAUCAAAAGGAAAACGGACAAUGUGAAGUUCAAGGUUCACUGCAACAGGUACAUUUACACCCUGGUCACCACAGGCACGAUGUCAGAGCGGCUGAAGCAGUCCCUACCCCCUGCUUUGGCAGUGAAGGAGCUGAAAUGA